AUGCGCGCGCCUCAGCUGCUUUCCGCGGCGCUGCUGGCGCUCACGACGCCCGCCUCAGUGCACGCGCGCGCCAUGGACGUGGACGAGUGGCCGUCGACCGAAAGUGACCACACCAAGUUGCAGAUGGUGCUGCCCGAACGGCUCAUGAAGAAGGACGGCUACGCGCACAAGGACGCGCUCUUUGGCUACCCGUCGUACUCGAUGGGGUCGCUGCAGACGCAGCUGAUCUACACGAACGAGUCGGGUUGCCAAGCGAUCACGCACAGCGACUGGGAGCCGCCGUUCGCGCUGCUCUUGGACCGCGGCGACUGCCACUUUGUCGAGAAGGUGCGACACGCGCAACGGGCCGGUGCGCGCGCUGUGCUCAUUGCCGACAGCAAAUGUCUAUGCACCGACGUCGAGUGCCUGCGCGAGACCGGCGACGACUUUUGCGAGACAGUGCUGCCGUUCAUGGCCGACGACGAGUCGGGCGGCGACAUUACGAUCCCGAGCAUGUUGAUCCGCAAGAGCGACGGCGACGCGAUCAAGCGCGAGGUCGCCCAGAGCAAAGGCGUCAGUAACGUGAUGGUCAAGUUUGACUGGGGCGUGCCCUCGCCCGACGGGCGCGUCGAGUGGACGCUGUGGCAGAGCGCGUGGGACGACCAGUCGCGGGCGACGCUGGCAGACCUGGAGGCGAUGGUCACGGCGCUGGGCGACCGCGCAUUUUUCACGCCGCGAUUCGUCUCGUACAAUGGCAGUAAAGUGGGCUGCCACGCCGAGGCGAAAGAGGGGACGUCGGCCUGUGGCAACAUGUGCUUGAACAAUGGUCGCUACUGUCUGCUGGACCCGUCGCCGUCGCACGACCGCUCGACGGGCGCGUCGGGAGCCGAUGUCGUGGUGGAGAAUCUGCGUCGCAAGUGCGUUUGGAAGCUGGAGAGUGAGACUGAUCCGGGCGUUGGCCUCAAGUGGUGGAAGUACGUAAAGGCUUUUGGUGAAGCAUGUGGAAAGGACGAGAACACGUUUCGGGAGCGAUCUUGCGCCGAGAAGGUGAUGAAGAAGCUGAGCAUUGACGUUGAAGCCGUGGAGAAGUGCAUGCAGCCGUAUGGUGUUGGUGUGGACGAGGUGAAUCCUAUGCUUGAGGAGGAGCUCAAGGAGCAGACUGCACUCCAGCUUCUACGUUUGCCGGCGCUAUAUGUGGACGGGGUGCACGCUCGCGGUCGUGUGGACCCAACAAGCAUUUUGGGCAUGGUUUGUGCUGGCUAUGGCGUCCACGACCCUCCCGAGGUGUGCUCGUGCGAUGGCCAGUCGUCCGCUGGCCUCUUGGAUUGUGUGAAGGUGGGCAGUCUUGCGAAUGCUGCCGCCAUCACGAGCAACGACGGCUACUCGUUCGCGUCGCUGGUGGCCGUGUUGUUCGCAUUCGUGGGUAUAGUCGCCGUGGGUGGCUUUGUCCACUGGCGUCGCACACAGCGCCACAUGCGCGACCAGGUGCGCAGCAUCCUUGCGGAGUAUAUGCCGCUCGAGGAUCAGGCGUUCGAUGACGAGUAUGACUUGGAAGACGAGAAGUCGCGUAUGUUGCACCCGGCGGAGCGAGCCGCCGCAAAGAGCCCCCGCGGCUACAUGCCAUCGCGCGGCUUUCUAGAGGAAGACGAGGAUGGAGGCAUGUGA